ACUUUGGGAACCUUUACACGUGACUUGAAACAUACCUUCUGUUCCUCGUGGUUCCCCCUUGGUACCAAAGACUUUCUUCUGAAGAGUUUCAGUGCUUUUUGGACCACAGUCAGCACCCCCUGGUGUGUUUCCACAAUUAAUAAAGAGCUGUGCCCUCUGGAGAGAACGCAAGAUUACAGUUUUCUUAAAAAUGAGAAUGGGGAACAAGUUCCAGUUCCGGUCUAUCAUCCAACACCUAGCCAGACUCGCCUAGCAACUCAGCUGACUGAAGAGGAACAAAUUAGGAUAGCUCAAAGAAUAGGCCUUAUACAACAUCUGCCUAAAGGAGUUUAUGACCCUGGAAGAGAUGGAUCAGAAAAAAAGAUCCGGGAGUGUGUGAUCUGUAUGAUGGACUUUGUUUAUGGGGACCCAAUUCGAUUUCUGCCGUGCAUGCACAUCUAUCACCUGGACUGUAUAGAUGACUGGUUGAUGAGAUCCUUCACAUGCCCCUCCUGCAUGGAGCCAGUUGAUGCAGCACUGCUUUCGUCCUAUGAGACUAAUUGAGCCAGGAUCUCUCAUCUGACUUCAAGUGAACCUUCAUUUUUUGGUGGUUUUGAUCUUUUGUCACUGAGCCCAAAGAGCCAGGGAUUAGGAAUUAAGAUCAUGCACAAAUGUUUCCUAAAAAUUCCUGAAUGGCUGCAGAUGUUGGGGAAAAGUACGUCAUAUUUUAGAAACUUAGGGGGAAAAGUAGGAUGGUAUUUUUAUGUAAAGCCUUGACCCAGUGUUUAAAAAAAUAUAAUUGUAUUUAGAUCUUGUUAUUGCUCCAGUACAUAGGAAUUGUGUAAAGUGAUACAGCAGCUGUUAUAUGUUUAAAUCGUGUGUGUUGAAGAUUAGGAAAAAGAUAGUGGUUGUUUUUCCUAAAUGAAAUAACUUUCUUCUUCCCCACCCAAAUUCUUUUCUGAAGUUGCUAGCAUUUGGGUCAAGGUUUUAUUAAAAGCUACAUUUUAUAACACUGGCACAAAAAAAGUAGUUUUAAGCUUGUUUGCACAGUUCUUUUUUUCCAUUGGAAAUGGAAUUCAUUGCCUUAGGUCUUUUUAAAUAGUGUAUUAUUAUCGUUGGGGCUGGCUCUAUGCUUGAAAACCAGUUUAUUUAUAACCUGUUAUAAGUGCUAUAUCUGUUUGCAGUUAGGAAAUGCAGAAUUCAAAGUGAUCUCCUAGCUUGUAAGCAAACUGAGAUGCACUAUCCCUUUCUAUAAAAAAACAUUAGUUAAUGUGUCAAGAAACCAACUCUAGUAGGAGUUUAGUAUUACCCUUUCCAAUGUGUUUUAUCUAAUUAUUUUGGUUAAUAUGGUGAUAAUUAAAGUCAAGGUAAAUUUUAAAAAUUAAGAUUUCUGAUUUAUUGAGCUUGAAUUAUGCCACAAUGCUUAUGUAAAAAUGAAAGUGGCACCAUGGUGAAACUGAGAAAAGUUUCUCAGUUUUUCUUGUGACCUCCUUCCCUGUUGUCUUGAACCAUAGCAAAAGGAUACUGCAUCUCUUAUUAUUGUAGUGCUGAGGUUAUUGAAAUUAUACAAAACACAUCUCAGUCUCUGUUUCUUGGAAAGUCCUGCUAGCUGACUGGCAAGUCUAGUAUAAGCAAGGAUAAUUAAGAUAUAUGUAUUUCAUGUUUUGCACACAAAUGCAGAAUUUGUAUAACCACAUGACUUCAUAGUUGUGAUCUCAAAAAAGAAGGAAUUUCUCCUUUAUUUUAUCUUGCAGUUAAUGUAAGAACACUGAAUCUCUAAGCUUCUGAAGUGUUAGAGGUAGAGAUGGUCUAGUAAAGAAGUAGUUGUAAUGUUUUAUCCAUUUUUAGCAUGUGUUUAUUUUUCCGUAUGUAUUCAGAGGUGGUUUAUUUGUUCAGCUCAGUGAUAUUACAGCUAAAGAAAUCAUUCAUUAGCAAAAGGAGAAGCUGUUUCAACCUAACAAAUCAGAAAUGUUUCUUAUUAUUUUAUAUUGAGUUGAAUAUUUGACUCUAACACUUUUCUAGAUACAAAAUGCUAGUAUCUUGAAGGUUCUUCAUAACUGCGUAUAGAGGAAUUUAGUUAUGUCAUAAGUGCUUUUUAAAGAUUUGACAUUUGGCUGUAGUAUCCAUAUGUUGGUUAAUUUUCUUAUGAGCCCCAUGAUGGAAAGACUUAAAGAUGAAUUUGAGAGAAAAAAAUGAAAGUAAUUAGAUUGUCAGGUUUAUUAAAUUGUUACAUGUAUCUUGCUUAAUUUUUGUUCAUUAAUUUAUAUCCACCCAAUUACAUAAAGCAAAUUUGGAGGAAACA